AUGUCCCACAGACGUUCUGCCUUCUCAAUAGCGGCAUUGGCCAUCAGCGGAUCAUGGACUGCCCGCGAAAUAAUCAGCACAGUCGCAACAAGCCUUCUCCCUAGCUUUAUGAGAUCAUCGAAUGAGGAAAAGGAACCUCUCACAACAACCAAGUCUACCAAAAGCAGUCGCCGUCAAGACACGGCGUAUCUUGAUGGUCUCCGAGGCUUGGCAGCAUCUGCAGUAUAUGCAUAUCAUUUCAUGGUCCCUUUUAGUCGAUCACUUUUGUACGGCUCCUUACCCAGUAGUCCGGACUCGGCUUCCUUUUUUGGACUGCCCAUCAUUGGGUUCUUCCGCAGCGCCGCGACCAUGGUGAACAUAUUCUUCAUCAUCUCGGGCUAUGUGUUAUCACUUUCGACCCUGCGAGCUAUCCACUGGCAAGACUGGGAGAAGGCUCUGCAUUGCCUAUCGACUGCUGCUUUGAAACGCGGAAUCCGUCUAUUUGUACCUGCAGUCAUCACCAGUCUGCUCAUAUUUGUGCUGUUUUCAGGACAGCUCUAUGCCAACGAGGACCUUUUCAUGACCUUGCCGGCACAUUGGGUACCCCUUCGACCAAGGAGAAAAGCCUCGCUCCUUGCACAAUUUCAGGACUGGCUCGAUUUCGUGAUUCGACGAUUGACGAAUCCGUGGCGAUGGAACUACGACCUAUUUGCCAGCCCCAACGCUAGCUACUAUGGGGCACACCUUUGGACUAUCCAGACUGAAUUCCACUGCUCGCUCGUAUUAUUCUUCAUCAUGAUGGCGCUCAGUCGGAUAGCCGGAAGUUGGGCAAAAUUUACACUUUCAAUUUCCUUGAUACUAUAUAGCUGUCUAUGCGACCGGUGGGAAGUGGCCAUGUUCCUGUGCGGCAUGAUAUUUGCAGAACGCGACAUUGGUUCUAAAAAGACGUUGGAACCAAAGUGGAAGGACCUAAAUGGUCACUGGAUAUUCAGGAGGUGGUACCGAGUAUUCAUUGUGCUUCGUGGUCUGGUGGUCCUCUGCACUGGCUUGUGGCUAGCUUCGUAUCCGGAGCUGCGCGGUGCUGAAGCGAUUGGAUUCAGCUGGCUCGCGAAGGUUUCUCCAUCACCACAGGUCUGGCAAGCUAUUGGAGCAUCUUGUGUGGUCUGGUCAGCAGCAAACGUCACCUGGGUUCGUUCUUUCUUGGCUACUGGCCUGCUGAGGUCUGUGGGUGGACCUUUGCCUCUGAGAUGA